GGCAACCCAAACCCCCAACUCAAAGCGUAAACACACCUACCACUUCGGCCGCCUUCUCAAUCUCGAAACUAAGAAGGCAUCGACACCACGACUAUACUAUCAACCCGCCAUCUCUAUUUGUGUUGGAGAUUUUAUCGCGCGUGGCCUAACCAUCAUCUCCCAAGCUCGACCGGCUCUCGUCGAUUGCACUCUGAAUCCACGGAAGCUGGCAUCGCGUGCCUGCCCGCCUAUACGGAUAUCGCUUACACCAUCGAUCGCCCUCCCACCUUAAUCCCAAGAUGCGCCACGGCCUUUCUGGAUCUCGUCAUAGGUAGCUGGCGGGAUUGAGUUUCCCAUCUGUGCGAACCCGCAGCCAUGGGCCAGGGCUUCUCUCUUGCCGCGCCCCCGGCUGGGGCUGCCGGCAUCGAUGUCCCCGAGCUUGGAGACUUGGUGUAUGAGAAGUCUAUCGGUGCCGCUCGCUUCAUGAAGAGCAUUCGGGCUAGGCACCGUGACGGCGUUGUGCUUGUCAAGGUUCUCAUCAAACCGUAUCCCAUGUCCCUAGACAAAUACAAACAGGAAAUCAUCCGGGAGAGACGAGCUCUCGCAGACGUGCCUAAUACCCUCCCAUACCAACGAGCGAUCGAGACGGAGACCAACGGGUACCUCGUCCGCCAGUUCUUUUACAACUCCCUCUACGACCGGCUGAGCACGAGACCGUUCCUCGAGGACGUCGAAAAGAAAUGGCUGGCCUUUCAACUUCUCUGCGCCUUGCGCGAUUGCCAUAGCAAGGACAUUUACCAUGGAGAUAUCAAAACGGAGAACACGCUCGUCACUUCGUGGAACUGGCUUUACCUGUCCGACUUCUCGUCUUCGUUCAAGCGCGUGACGUUGCCCGAAGACAACCCCGCCGACUUUUCCUACUUUUUCGACACGUCUGGCCGGAGGACAUGCUACCUGGCCCCCGAACGCUUUCUCCCUCCAGGCCAGGAGUCUGACCCCGAUGCCAAGAUAACAUGGGCCAUGGAUGUGUUCAGCGCUGGAUGCGUCAUUGCUGAGCUAUUCCUUGAGACACCAAUUUUCAACCUCAGUCAACUCUACAAGUACCGGAGGGGCGAGUACGAUCCCGGAAUUUCACACCUUAGUCGCAUUCCUGAUCGAGAUUUGCGCGAAAUGGUUGCCCACAUGAUCCAGCUGGACCCCCAGAAGCGCUACUCAGCUGAGCAGUACCUAGAUUUCUACAAGGGCAAGGUGUUUCCCGCCUACUUUUACAGCUUCCUGCACCAAUAUAUGGAGCUGAUUACGGAUAUGUCCAAUACUCCCUUUUCGCCACAGGUGAUUUCAAGAAACACAGCCGAGGCGGAUCAGAGAAUUGAGCGGGUGUGGCUGGAUUUCGAUAAGAUCUCAUACUUCCUUGGCUACCAGGACGAGAACAACUCCCAAGCGCGCCAACUAGCCCCGAGGCUCGGGAUAGGACACUUCCCGGCCCUCUUGAAUAUACCAAACAACGAACACUACGUAUCGGGAGAGAAGCAGCCGGCUUCUGACGACGGUACUCUGAUUUUCUUGACAUUGAUUGUCUCGUCUCUCCGUAACACCGCCCAUGCCACAGCCAAGGUCAAGGCCUGUGACAUUAUGCUUGCCUUUUCCGAGCGCCUGACCGACGAGGCAAAGCUGGAUCGUGUCUUGCCAUACUUAAUGACACUACUUAAUGACAAGGCCGACCUUGUCGUUAUCACCGCAAUACGGACAAUAACACAACUGCUUGACCUGGUCACGUUCAUCAACCCCGUGAACUCGCAAAUAUUUUUGGAAUACAUACUUCCUAGGAUGCAGGUCACGCUGCUUGGCGCCCAGCGCACUCCCUCGCCGAUUGUUAGGGCGACAUACGCCUCUUCUCUGGGAAAGCUUGCGACAAUCGCAGACCGUUUCCUCGCAAUGGCUGCGACUCUCCGAGCGGACGGAUCUUCAACCAUCGCAGACCCUGAAGUCGAACCUGGAAAGGAGGCGGACGCCGCGUUUGACGAACUGUUCGACACGGCUCGCCGCGAGCUGGGGGAGCUCUUUGAAGCACACACCAAGACGCUGAUCGAGGACUCGGACCCGUUUGUCCGGCGAGCGUUUCUCAGCUCUGUCCCUGACCUGUGCAUCUUCUUUGGGGUGGCCCAGGCCAACGACAUCAUCCUAACACACCUCAACACAUAUUUGAACGACCGUGACUGGAUGCUGAAGUGUGCCUUUUUCGACACAAUCGUAGGAAUCUCGGCCUUCUUGGGAAGCAGCACCCUCGAGAAGUUCAUUCUUCCUCUUAUGAUCCAGGCAGUAACCGACCCCGAGGAAUAUGUUGUUCAAGGAGCUUUACACUCGCUUGCAGAGCUAGCAAACCUGGGACUCCUGACCAAGCAAACAUUCCUCGAGCUCGUCAGUGUUGUGGCUCGGUUCACAAUGCAUCCCAAUCUUUGGAUCCGGGAGUCGGCCGCUGAAUUCAUCGCGGCUGGUAUGCACUUCCUCAGCAACGCUUACAUUAGGGUCUUGGUGUUGCCGUACCUCAAACCAUAUCUUAAACAGGCCAGAAUACCGGAUUUCUCAGAGCUGGAUCUUCUCGAUGCUCUGCAGAAACCGUUAUCGAGGUCGGUCUACGACCAAGCAUUGUUGUGGGCCUCAAAGACCAGCCGAGGUGAUUUCUGGAAGCCCUUCAAGAAGCUGCGAGACAUUGCGGUGGGAUCAUCGGCGACGUCAAGAGUGUCUGGAGAUUUGAAUUCGCAGAGUCUGAGUAAAGUUGCAAGAAACGACGAGGAUGAGCAGUGGCUCAACAAGCUACGAAACCUCGGGCUUGCCUCAGACGACGAGCCCAAACUUCUCGCCCUUCGGGAAUUCAUAUGGCGCCUGAGCCAGAUCAAGGCAAGAGAUUCGGCCGUCCAAGAGAGCUCAAGUAUUUUGGGGCCUGAUCUUAAUGCAAUCGUUAACCUGCGAAGCUUGGGCAUCACUCCACAGACAGUCAUGUUUGAAGAGCAGCCGUCGCAGCAAACCGUGGCAGCUCUAGACCAAGACUCGGGGGCCCCGAGGACCAUUGCAGAUGCGCUUCUUGACGCCUCAAUGACAAUUGAUGACCCCCUCGGUAAGAGACGGCGAGCAGCCCUGAAUAACCACCGAUCUCGUAUCAAUAGCAGGGACAAUCUUUCUCCCAUGUCUACAGACGGGAGGCGGUCUUUAGAAGACGAAACAGUUACUGCAUUGAGCAAGAGGCAAACUGAAAGCUCCAAGGAUACGUCGAGGCGGACAUCGGCUAGCCAUGGAAAAGCUGUGGAGGGAUCUGGCCAAGAUGCACCUUAUGCAGCGAGAAGAAGUCUGCGGCACCAGUCCAGCGCAAUGAGUCUCAUGAACCGCAAAGACAGUGCAAAAUCGGGCGCCGAAACUGCCACCACCGAAACCAACGCUUUUGGUGAAGUGGAAGGCCCAUUUACGCAGCCUUCAACACCAAAUUCGCCUCUAGAAGUAGAGAGCAAUCUGGCAGAUUUCAGGAUACGCUUGCGGGCUAACCACAGCUACAAUGGUAACGACCCAGCCAUUUUCAAGAUGUUGGAUUCCAUGUAUAUCGACAAUUACCCCCACGAUAUCGCCGAGUACGGCCCAUUGGUUACUCCUGUUAGCCGCCGAAAGUCGAGCCGGACGAUCUCCUCUCAACCUUCGGACGAAGGCUGGAAGCCGACCGGCAAACUUGUUGCAACGUUUUCCGAACACGUUGGGCCUAUCAACCGAAUCGUAGUUUCUCCCGACCACCAGUUCUUUUUGACAGGUGGUGAUGACGGCUCCGUCCGGGUGUGGGAUACCGCAAGACUGGAGCGCAACAUUACGCACCGGUCAAGGCUUGUGCAUAGGCACGCCCCAGGCGCCAAGGUUCUGGCGCUGUGCUUCAUUGAGAACACGCACAGCUUCAUUAGCUGCGCGAGUGACGGGAGCGUCCACGUCAUCAAGGUCGAAACUGUGUUUAGCAGUGGCACAUUCCGCUACCCCAAGCUUCGGCUUUUGCGAGAAUACCAGCUGGUUGAUGGCGAGUUUGCAGUGUGGUGUGAACACUUCAAGCAGGAGGCGAACUCGGUCUUGAUCUUGGCAACAAAUAAGUCGGUCAUCCUGGGCAUUGACCUCCGGACCAUGACGUUGCUCUAUAAGCUGGAGAACCCCGUCCACCACGGGACACCGACUUGCUUCUGCAUAGACCGUAGAAGGAACUGGCUGUGUCUGGGAACAUCUCAUGGCGUCCUUGACUUGUGGGAUCUUCGCUUCAAAAUGCGGCUUAAGGGCUGGGGCGUCCCUGGCAAAGGCUCCAUUUACCGCCUCUGCGUGCACCCCGCCAAGGGUAGGGGCAGGUGGAUCUGCGUGGCCGGAGGCACUGGGCAGGGCGAAGUCACUGUCUGGGAUCUAGAACGCACGCUCUGUCGAGAGAUAUACCGAGUUGGUGGCAAUAAGGAAGGCCCCAAGGGUUAUGAUGCCUGGGAGGUGGACGAAGACAAGCCAGAGGGGAUGCUCGGCCGUUUCGCCACCAAUAUCGAGCCUUCGGCCACCGGCAACGCAGACCGCGGUGUGCGUGCCAUGAUUGUUGGGACGGGGGCGACGGAAGAGCAGCGCGAUGUGAGGCACGCCUUCAUCAUCACAGCCGGGUCAGACAAGAAGUUGCGCUUCUGGGACCUUUCCCGCAUCGAGAGCAGCUUGGUUUUUAGUGGACUGCUGCCAGAGGAAGGAAGGCCGACCUUCACAGCCAGUCACCCGACAACUUCGAUGACGCUCAAUACGGAGCGUCUGCCUAGACAGGCAUCAACAUCGCCUGCCAACGGCGCUGUCAGUUCCGUCUCGGGAUCCAGGGGGCGCUCCAGCCGGCCGCCUCGCUCGACAGUAAUAUCCCUGCAGCAACAGCAGCUGCUGAAGAGCCACCUCGACGCCGUGAUGGACGUGGCAAUGCUCGAGUCGCCGUACACGAUGACGGUCUCAGCAGAUCGAAGCGGCGUCGUCUUUGUUUUCCAGUGAUUGCUUUUUUGAUGUAUAUUUAAAGACUAGGUAGAGGUAUUAUACUCCUCUAUUAUUAGUUAUUAUAGCAGCCGAUGGCGUCAUGUAUUUAUUCGGGACUAGAACCACUUUCUCUCGUGUU